UCAGUUUUAAAACGUUGACCAAUUCGAACGGUCAGCGCGAACAGUGUUUUCUCGUCAGUAGGACGUGAAACAGUUUUUUUUUUUUUGGGCCUUCAUUUUCUGUGCUUACAUGGUAGCUGUUCGCUGCUACCCGUGAUGAAUUUUGAAACGAAAAUCAACCAAUAAAAAUUGAGAUCCGAAAAUCAAAGAAGAAAAAAUUAAGUUUCUUUUAAAAAAUAGAUAACAAUGAAGUUGUAUUUUAUUUUGUUCUUUCUUGUGGCGGUAUUCGCUGAGGCCGAAGUGAUCAGCGAGAAUCCUGAUGACGGUUCAACGGCGGUGAAUAAUUCGGAACCAGAGAGGAAUCCCACCACUUUGACUAUCGGAAGUGAUAGAAUUGAGUCUACCACUCCAACUACCAAAGGUAAUACAACUGAGUCGUCCACUUCAACUACAGGAGGAGAUGCAACUGAAUUCACAACUCCAACUACCGGAGGAGAUACAACUGAGUCGUCUCCUCCAAUGACGGAAGGAGAUACAACUGAAUCCACAGCUCCAACUACCGAAGAUGAUACAACUGAGUUGUCUCCUCCAACGACGGAAGGAGAUACAACUGAGUCGUCUCCUCCAACGACGGAAGGAGAUACAACUGAAUCCACAGCUCCAACUACCGAAGGAGAUACAACUGAGUCGUCUCCUCCAACGACGGAAGGAGAUUCAACUGAAUCCACAGCUCCAACUACCGGAGGAGAUACAACUGAGUCGUCUCCUCCAAUGACGGAAGGAGAUACAACUGAAUCCACAGCUCCAACUACCGAAGAUGAUACAACUGAGUUGUCUCCUCCAACGACGGAAGGAGAUACAACUGAGUCGUCUCCUCCAACGACGGAAGGAGAUACAACUGAGUCGUCUACUCCAACCACCGAAGGAGAUACAACUGAGUCGUCCCCUCCAACGACGGAAGGAGAUACAGCUGAAUCCACAGCUCCAACUACCGAAGGAGAUACAACUGAGUCGUCUCCUCCAACGACGGAAGGAGAUACAACUGAAUCCACAGCUCCAACUACCGAAGGUGAUACAACUGAGUCCUCAACUCCAACCACCGAAGGAGAUACAACUGAGUCGUCUCCUCCAACGACGGAAGGAGAUACAACUGAAUCCACAGCUCCAACUACCGAAGGAGAUACAACUGAAUCCACAGCUCCAACUACCGAAGGAGAUACAACUGAGUCGUCUCCUCCAACGACGGAAGGAGAUACAACUGAAUCCACAGCUCCAACUACCGAAGGUGAUACAACUGAGUCGUCUCCGACGGAAGGAGAUACAACUGAAUCCACAGCUCCAACUACCGAAGGUGAUACAACUGAGUCGUCUCCUCCAACGACGGAAGGAGAUACAACUGAAUCCACAGCUCCAACUACCGAAGGCGAUACAACUGAGUCGUCUCCUCCAACGACGGAAGGAGAUACAACUGAAUCCACAGCUCCAACUACCGAAGGAGAUACAACUGAGUCCUCAACUCCAACCACCGAAGGAGAUACAACUGAGUCGUCUCCUCCAACGACGGAAGGAGAUACAACUGAAUCCACAGCUCCAACUACCGAAGGUGAUACAACUGAGUCGUCUCCUCCAACGACGGAAGGAGAUACAACUGAAUCCACAGCUCCAACUACCGAAGGUGAUACAACUGAAUCCACAGCUCCAACCACCGAAGGUGAUACAACUGAGUCGUCUCCUCCAACGACGGAAGGAGAUACAACUGAAUCCACAGCUCCAACUACCGAAGGAGAUACAACUGAGUCCUCAACUCCAACCACCGAAGGAGAUACAACUGAGUCGUCUCCUCCAACGACGGAAGGAGAUACAACUGAAUCCACAGCUCCAACUACCGAAGGAGAUACAACUGAGUCGUCUCCUCCAACGACGGAAGGAGAUACAACUGAAUCCACAGCUCCAACUACCGAAGGUGAUACAACUGAGUCGUCUCCUCCAACGACGGAAGGAGAUACAACUGAAUCCACAGCUCCAACUACCGAAGGUGAUACAACUGAGUCCUCAGCUCCAACCACCGAAGGAGAUACAACUGAGUCGUCUCCUCCAACGACGGAGGGAGAUACAACUGAAUCCACAGCUCCAACUACCGAAGGUGAUACAACUGAGUCGUCUCCUCCAACGACGGAAGGAGAUACAACUGAAUCCACAGCUCCAACUACCGAAGGUGAUACAACUGAAUCCACAGCUCCAACCACCGAAGGUGAUACAACUGAGUCGUCUCCUCCAACGACGGAAGGAGAUACAACUGAAUCCACAGCUCCAACUACCGAAGGAGAUACAACUGAGUCCUCAACUCCAACCACCGAAGGAGAUACAACUGAGUCGUCUCCUCCAACGACGGAAGGAGAUACAACUGAAUCCACAGCUCCAACUACCGAAGGUGAUACAACUGAGUCGUCUCCUCCAACGACGGAAGGAGAUACAACUGAAUCCACAGCUCCAACUACCGAAGGUGAUACAACUGAGUCCUCAACUCCAACCACCGAAGGAGAUACAACUGAGUCGUCUCCUCCAACGACGGAAGGAGAUACAACUGAAUCCACAGCUCCAACUACCGAAGGUGAUACAACUGAGUCCUCAACUCCAACCACCGAAGGAGAUACAACUGAGUCGUCUCCUCCAACGACGGAAGGAGAUACAACUGAAUCCACAGCUCCAACUACCGAAGGUGAUACAACUGAGUCGUCUCCUCCAACGACGGAAGGAGAUACAACUGAAUCCACAGCUCCAACUACCGAAGGAGAUACAACUGAAUCCACAGCUCCAACUACCGAAGGUGAUACAACUGAGUCGUCUCCUCCAACGACGGAAGGAGAUACAACUGAAUCCACAGCUCCAACUACCGAAGGCGAUACAACUGAGUCCUCAACUCCAACCACCGAAGGUGAUACAACUGAGUCGUCUCCUCCAACUACCGAAGACACUACAAAUUCAACAAAUACCCCAGAUCUACCGGAUGGAUUCGACUGGGGCGUUAAAAAUCCAGACACGCAAGCCGACUGCAUUCUUGCUCAAAUGAGCAUCAGUUUGACUGCAACGUAUUCAAACAUCGACGGUGGGAAUUCAACUGGUACAAUCAGCGUCCCAUCAACAGCUGGAGUUUCAGGCAACUGUUCCGAGACUGAAUCAUACCUAACGCUGACCUGGAUAGAAAUCACCGACGCUUUUGCAAGCAAAACUGCUUCUGUUUAUAACAGAAUGAAACGCAGGGUUGUCAACAACGUAAGAGAAACUUCACAAUCGAAUACAGUCACAAUCCGGUUCAUCAACGACGGAACGACAUCGUCCAUCGACACCAUUCAUGCCAUCAUUUACCUGGACAGCAUAAAUUUUCCGCGUGCGAAAGACACGACGCUGGAAACUUUUAGUACACCGGGGUUGAACCUGUUUCCAACUACAUUAGGUGUCUCUAGAUACGUUUGCAAUGUGGCAACGCCAAUUUCAUUGACAAACGGAGGUGCGAUCGAUAUGUCAAUAGCUGAUGUAAAUCUCAUUGCCUUCAACUCGGAAUCCGACGUGUCCAAUCGAGCAGAAGAAAAUUGUGUCGCGGCAGCCGGUUUGAAUUGGAUGGUGCUCAUCGGCGGAAUAAUCGGAGCAGCUGUCGGGGUCGUGAUUAUUGGAGUAUGCAUAUGGUAUUCGAGACGAGAAAUUAUUCCCCGAUCAGAAUUGCCUUGAAAUUAUGGUUGAAAUUAAUAAAACCAACCGCUUGGGCUAAGAUUUAAUCGAUCGCGUUUGAUGCGAGAGUUAAUUUAAUCAUAACACAUGACAAAACACAAAUCGACGGAAGUUUGUCGCGUGUAAAAGAUUCAAGAACUUGAAAUUCGAGUAGCUCAUGUGCGGUGAAAAUUUUAAAAUGGAAUCGAGAUGUUGAUCAAGAGACUCGGCGGAGCCUCACGCGAAGUACAUUCAAAAAGUACGGGACGAUACCAAGACUCUUCAUUAGUAUAUUAAGGAUAUUUAGGGUAAUAUGUGUUGAACAUUCGAUGUACUUGGCGAAUUAUUCUGCACCGUAAGUGCCUUGGGCGGAUAGUACUUAACUGAAAUAGUCUUUGUUACGGACAGUGUUAAUUUUUGUGAAUAUGUAAAAUCUUUACCUUAUUUAAGUUGUUAUUUUAAAUACUUUUAUAUGAAAAAAGAAUAUUAUAUACGCACACGAACUAGUAACUCAUAUUAAUUAGUCAAGCUAAGCACGGUCGAGAUUAUUAAUUACAUCUAUAAACAUUAGUAUUUUAAAAGUAUUAUUACACAAAUGUUAAACACGAUGUUAGGGUUGAUAAUUGUAAAUAUAUUUAUCCAUCGAUA